CGCGCAUGCGCUCCAUCAUGUGACUGUGCAUAGUGGACUUUGCAGUGAAGCUAACAGCUAGCAGCUAGCCGCUAACAGUUAAAAACAAAUGAGAGACAGGCGCAGACAUCAUAGACUUUAUAUAAAGACGCAGUCAUGGCGGUUGACUCGGAUCCAAGCGCCAGUUCUCUUCCAGUUACCGGGAUACUAAUAGCUGUGAUAUCAAGUGUCAUCAAUGGCUCGACAUUUGUGCUGCAGAGAAAGGGGAUAUUACGCUCCCGGGACAGAGGGGGCUCCUACCUCACCGAUGUGCUGUGGUGGAGUGGUACACUGGCCAUGAUUAUUGGUCAGAUUGGGAAUUUCCUGGCAUACAACGCGGCCCCUGCUGUGAUAGUUACACCACUAGGAGCCCUCGGAGUGUUGUUCGGGGCUGUGCUGGCGUCUUGGAUCUUGAAGGAGCAUUUGAACAUCCUGGGGAAACUUGGCUGUGUUUUGUGCUGCUGCGGCUCAGUCGUGCUCAUCCUUCAUGCACCUAAAUCAGAGGCUGUGACAUCGAGGCUGGAGCUGGAGGAGAGGCUGUCGGACCCAGUGUUUGUAACGUAUGCCGUCCUUGUGGUCCUGCUCCUGAUCACUCUAAUCACGUGGAUCGCUCCGGCUCAUGGCUCAUCGAACAUCAUGGUGUAUGUGUCUAUAUGUUCCCUCCUGGGCAGCUUCACUGUUCCAUGCAGCAAAGGACUUGGCCUGGUGGCCCCAGACGUGUUUGGUGGAGGGCCGCUGAGCACCAGAGCUCUGGCUCUCUUCCUGGGCUUGCUGGGGACGCUGGCUGUCAGCAUCCUCAUCCAGUUCUUCUACAUCAAUAAGGCCCUGGAGAGUUUCAGCUCCAACAUGUUCGAGGCCAUUUACUAUGUGACCUUCACGUCCACUGUGAUUCUCGCCUCUGCUCUGCUCUUCAAAGAGUGGACUGCGCUUACUUUGACCGACUGCCUUGCCAUGCUUUGUGGUUUAACAACGGUGUGUGUCGGAGUCGUCUUACUACGCAUUUCCCAGGAGGCUGUGAUAACCUGGAGGAAGAAGGAGGCACGAGAAAAGACGGACUGAUUGAGAUGUUUUCUACUUUACAUGACUGUAAAGACUUUAUACAUUUUGACCAAAGCUUCAGUGUAUUUAUAACUAGUUUGUCUUAACAUUAUAAUUAUGCAGUUUCUUACGGAACAGGUCUUAAAGUGUAAUCCUCAAAACAUCAUUUGACUUCUUUAGUCUGCCUGUUAAUCAAUCAGUGCAUUCUGAAGUGGUCUCUUGUUCUUGACAACAUGAGGAUCUACAAUGAAUGAGUGUUUUGUCUAAUAGAUGAUUUAUAAAGCAGCUGCAGAUAGACCAAAUGUGAACUACUGAUUACUGACCAAUAAUUGUUUUAUCGAGAUGUUAAACGUGGCUACAAGUUAUGGCUACAAUUUGGGGAUUUUUUAUUAUUUUCAUAAUCACGAACUGUUUACAGUAAUUUCUGUGUCAGAGAUGGUUGAAUGGUGAUGCUUUGUGACCUGAGCAGCUAACUGUCUUUAAAUGGGACCUAUUUUUGAUAAGUGUUUGGUUCAAUUAGUUUCAUUACAAGGAAUUAAACUGAAUCAAUCACCAGUUGCGUGACAGUAUGUUCAAAAUAUAAAAUAUCUAGUCUUCUUACAUUUUCUGCCAUGAAUCUAUAAUACACUCAGGUUUUUUUUAUGUUAGUUAAUCUGCUAAACAGUUUGUCUAUAACUGUUCAGAUGUGUUAUUUUCUUGAACCAUAAGCCCACAUCACAUUUAAUUUACAAAAAUAAAGUCUGGAUAAAUUGGA